UUUGUAGACGGGAGAAUGUCGGAGAGAACAAUGACACGGCAAGUAGGACUACUGUUUAUGUCGGUUGUUUUUUUCAGCUCGGUAUCUGGGCAGGUCAGUUACUCCAUUCCCGAGGAAAUGGCGAAAGGAUCUUUAGUCGGUAACAUAGCAGUAGAUUUAGGUGUUGAUGUGAAACGGCUGAAAUCAGGGAAAGCUCGUAUAUAUACCGGAGAAAGUACGGAAUACAUCGAGCUGAAUAAAGAAAGGGGAGUCCUUGUAAUCAAAGAGCGAAUAGACAGAGAAGUGCUCUGCGGACAGACGACGCCCUGUGCUCUUAAUUUUCAAAUCAUUUUGGAGAAUCCUAUGCAGUUUUACAGCGUCACUGUCGAGAUCACCGACAUUAACGACAACUCUCCCGGCUUUAAGAACAAUGAAAUUAAAUUUGAAAUCAGUGAAAUGUCUCAAAUUGGAUCGAAAUUUGUCUUAGAAAAGGCAAUAGAUAACGAUGUGGGUAUUAAUGGACUCCAGGGCUAUUCACUCAGUUCAAGUGACACAUUUACUUUAAACCCUUAUAGAAUUGGCAGUAGUAGGAAUGUUGAGAUGAUUUUAAAGAAGCAUCUCGACCGAGAGAAACAAGAGUGGUUGUCUUUAGUAUUGACUGCUUUAGAUGGCGGCGAACCGCAGCUUUCUGGAACAAUGCAAAUUGUCAUUACUGUCUUGGACGCAAACGAUAAUGCACCUGUUUGUACUCAAACAGAAUAUAAGGCUAAUGUGAAAGAAAACGCGUUAAAAGGAGCUGUUUUAACCACGGUAAGCGCAUUUGAUGCAGAUCAAGGUCUGAACGCACACAUACAGUAUUCAAUUUCUAAUGUUCCAGAGGGCGCGCUUGAACUGUUUGGUGUAGAUAACGAAAAUGGCGUGGUUACGUUAAUGGGAAAGCUUGAUUAUGAGAAAUUCCGACAUUAUGAAAUAGAUGUCCAAGCGUCAGAUGAAGGUGGUAACUCAGACGUAUGUAAAGUUAUAAUCGAGGUGCUGGACACAAACGAUAACCCACCAGUUAUCAAUAUUAUGUCAACGUCAUCCAGUAUAUCUGAGGAUGUUAAACCAGGAACGGUUCUGACAAUGAUGAACGUUCAGGAUCCAGAUUCAGAUGAAAAUGGCAAAGUCCACUGCGUUUUAGAUGAAAAUAUUCAUUUUACAAUCAUGUCCACAUCAAACGAUGUCUUUACUUUAGUGACAGAGGGUGAAUUAGACAGAGAGAUCGCUUCUCAAUAUAAUAUAACUGUGACCUGCUCUGAUGAGGGAGUGCCCUCCCUCUCCAGCAGCGUCACUCUCACCUUACAGAUCUCUGAUGUGAAUGAUAACGCGCCUGUCUUUGAGAGGAGCUCAUAUGAGGCCUACAUUGUAGAAAACAACACACCAGGUCUCUCUAUAUUCACAGUGAAAGCCAGAGACGCUGACUGGAACCAGAAUGCCCGUGUUUCUUACAUACUGGAGGACUCCUCUGUUAACGGAGUGCCAGUCUCCUCAUAUGUGUCCGUUAGUGCUGAUAGUGGAGUCAUCCAUGCAGUGCGCUCUUUUGACUACGAGCAGAUCAAAGACUUCCACUUCCGCGUCAAAGCGCAGGAUGGAGGCUCUCCUCCACUCAGUACUAAUGUGACUGUGAAAAUACUGAUCCAGGACCGGAACGACAACCCUCCUCAGGUUCUGUACCCAGUCCAGACUGGUGGCUCUCUGGUGGCUGAAAUGGUGCCUCGUUCAGCAGAUGUGGGCUAUCUGGUCACUAAAGUGGUGGCUGUUGAUGUUGACUCUGGACAGAAUGCCUGGCUCUCCUAUAAACUGCAGAAAGCCACAGACAGGGCGCUGUUUGAAGUGGGCUUACAGGAUGGAGAAAUAAGAACUAUCCGCCAAGUCACUGAUAAAGAUGCUGUGAAACAAAGACUGACUGUUAUAGUGGAGGACAACGGGCAGCCCUCUCGUUCAGCUACAGUCAUUGUUAACGUGGCGGUGGCGGACAGCUUCCCUGAAGUGCUGUCUGAGUUCACUGACUUUACCCACGACAAGGAGUACAAUGACAACCUGACUUUUUACUUAGUGUUGGCUUUGGCUGUAGUUUCCUUCCUCUUCAUCACGUGUUUAGUGGUUAUUAUAUCAGUGAAAAUCUACAGAUGGAGACAGUCUCGCAUCCUGUAUCACUCCAAUCUCCCUGUGAUUCCAUAUUAUCCACCACGUUACUCAGACACUUUGGGGACAGGAACUCUCCAACACGUGUACAAUUACGAGGUGUGCAGGACGACUGACUCCAGAAAGAGUGACUGUAAGUUCGGCAGAGCUGGUAGUCAGAACGUGCUGAUAAUGGACCCCAGUUCUACAGGGACAAUGCAGCGGAUACAGAGUGAAAAGAGCAUCCUGGAUGAACCAGACUCUCCUCUAGAGGUUAGACUCAUUGUUUUACAUUGAAUUUUACAU